AUGCCACCAACCAAUGUCCUACGAAGCCUCUGGCUUUCUCGGUCGUCUGUCUUUUCAUCCACAGUACCUACAGCUACGACGAGAAGAACCACUCGCUAUGUAUCGGGCGGCAGCAGAUUCACACUCCCACACCGAACACUCACCACGACACGACCGAGCCUAGCGGAAGUCAAGUCAACAACAACACAGGGGACACCAAAAGAAACCGAAACCUCAUCGGAAAAAAAACAACAGCAACAGCAAGAAGAAGCAAACAAAAGAAAAUAUGCCUUCCCCAGCGGCAUCACCAUGCCGAAACCACGCCAAUACCCGUACGACGUCAAGACCGGCACCGUGACCUCUGUUGGCCUAAUGGACAAGACAGUGCGCGUCCAAUACCGCCAUCGCAAAUGGGAGCCACAUAUUCAAAAAUACUACCCGCACGUGACCACCUAUCUAGUGUCGGACCCGCAAGGCUCGCUGCGCGAGGGCGACGUGAUCGAGUUCUCGUCGGGGGCGCGCCGCUCGCCGCGCGUGCGCCAUGUGGUCGACCGCAUCGUUGCGCCGUUUGGCGUCGGGAUUGAUGAACGUCCGGCCGUGCUGACGCGUGAGCAGAGAGAGCAGCAGCAGACCGAGAAGCGGCAGGCCAAGGUUGCGCGCAAGUUGGCAAGGGUCGUGGAUGAGGCUGUGGAGCGCAAUGGGGGGCAGCCCGUCGAUGAGGCUGACCUAGAAACUCUCAAGCGGCACUUUUUGUUGAGGCAGUUCCAGGAUGGCAAGAUCAAGAGGUUGGUUCGCAAGAGGCUUCAGGUUGAGGCUGCUGAGGAGAGCAAAUAA